AUGCCGCAGAACGAAGAGCCAGCGGUGGCGAUGCCACAGGAUGUCGAAAGCAACGAGGAUUUCGAGCAGAAGGAAUCAUCGAAAUUGAUGAGACUGUACUCGCACCCAUGGACACAGAUUCUGCUCAUCAGCUUCAUAUGCUUCUGCAUGCCUGGAAUGUUCAAUGCUCUCUCCGGUCUGGGAGGCUCUGGUCAGGUCGACUCAACCGUCGCAGCUAACGCCAACGUCGCUCUUCUCUCGACCACGGCGGUGGCCGCGCUCUUCAUUGUCGGCCCCAUUUUCUCCUUCGUCGGACCUAAGAUCUGCUUCUUGAUGGGCGGCUGGACGUACGCCAUGUACAGCGGCAGUCUGCUCAGCUUCAACCACAAUGGAAACGGCGCCUUCGUCAUCGCUGCCGGUGCGAUUCUCGGCAUCGGCUCCUCCUUCAUCUGGAUUGUUCAGGGCGCCAUCAUGACGACGUACGUUCACGAAUCACAAAAGGGCCGAGCCAUCGCCGUGUUCUGGAUCAUCUUCAACCUUGGUGGGGGCGUCGGUUCUCUGGCUGCUUUCGGGCUCAACUUCCACUCCACGACCGGCACCGUCAACGACGCGACCUACAUUGCGCUCAUGUCCAUCAUGCUGUUCGGAUGGGCUUUGGGCAUCUUCAUUUGCUCGCCCAAGCGCAUCCGCUUGGCACAGCUCAGCGCCGCCACCGAGACGGAGAAGCAGAGCGUGAAGGGCAUGUUCGACAUGUCCGUGGCGACGCUGUGCAAUUGGAGGGUGCUUUGCAUGCUGCCCCUUUUCUUCUGCGCCAACGUGUUCUACUCGUACCAGCAGAACAACGUCAACGGCAUGACGUUCAACAUUCGAACACGGUCGCUCAACGGUGCUCUCUACUGGAUGGCGCAGAUGGUCGGCGGUCUCGUCAUCGGUGUCCUCCUCGACCUCCCCAUGCUGGAGCGCCCGGGACGUGCCCGGUUGGGCUGGGUAGUGCUGUUCGUUACCGGCAUGGCGAUCUGGGGCGGCGGCUACCAGUUUCAGAUAUGGCAAGAUGCUCGCCACGCCCAGGGCCUCAUUCAGGAUAUCGAUUACACGCAGGGCUCUAUCUCUACGGGACCGAUCUUCCUGUACAUCUUCUACGGAGCGUAUGAUUCUCUCUGGCAGUCGUACUGCUACUGGCUCAUGGGGACCCAGUCCAACUCGCCUGGCAGAGCGGCCGUUCUGGUCGGCGCUUACAAGGCAUUUCAGGCAGCGGGAGGGGCGAUGGCGUGGAGGAUCAAUGCCAUUCACACCAGCGCGAUGACCCAGCUUGCUAUGAACUGGGGUCUGAGCAUCGGUUCGUUGCUUCUGGCGUUACCUACGGUGUUGACGGUGACGAGGAGCACUGGCGUCUUGGAAGAGGCUGGUGCAGAGGUGCCAAAUGAGAAGGCCGAGGAGAAAAUGGUUGAGGAUUCGUAG